AUGAAUUUGAUUUCAAAAAUAAUCUUGUGGGGUUUGUUACUUUUCCCUGGUAUUUUCGAUAAAUGUCAGGGUAAUAAAUAUAGAGCAAAUCUUGAUAAAUAUACAAAAAUCUUUCAAUAUCAAACAAGUGAAGUUGAGCUUCAUUUUCCAAAUAGUGAUAUUAAUUACAUUUUUGAGAAUGAAGAAAAAAAUUUUCAGAAUCAAAAAGAGCUAGAAAAUUCAAGGCUAGCUAAUAUGAAAGAUAAUAAGUACACUUUCAUGAUAUUAGGAGGAAAGGAAUUUCUAUGCGGCUUUGGUGAAUACGGAAGAAAUGGUUAUCUUCAGGAAUCUGAGGAAAUUGACCCAUCUUGGGAUAGUAUGGAUUCUAAUAUCAAGAAUUACUUAAAGAAAAGUAAAAUUUCGUGGCUAAUGGAACGAUGUUUUAUAUUUACAAAAAAGAAGGAUAUUAACAAUGGCAUUCACAUCCAAGUGGACAUGUUUGAAAUAUGUAUUGGAGUUUCAGUUCGCCAUAAAAGACAAAUAAUUGACAAAGAAACUAAUAACAAUAUAUUAGAAAGCCAAUUUAAUGUUAUUGGCGACUAUAAACUUAAUGAAGAUUCAUUUUAUCAAAACGGAACAGUAAUUCAGUACUAUAACCCAGCAAUAGAAAACCUAAAGGGUGAUUCUGGGUACUCAGCUUCAAUUGAAUUUAAGUGUAGUUAUAAUCAAUCGGGAAUAAAUCAAGUGUUAGAAGAUAUUAACAAAGACUUUAAGCCAGUAAUUAAAGUAGAGUUUUUAUCUCCCUCAUUUUGUGAUUGGAGAGUAGAUGAAAGUAAGAAUAUAACUUCUUUGGAUAAACUGGAGACUCUACUGCUACCAUUAGAAAAUAGAUGUCAAAAUUUUACGGAUUUCAGGUUUUGGAAUUAUGAGUUGUGUAAUUUGUAUGCUGUAUCUCAAUUCAAAAAAGAUACCUCAAAUCAAGAAACUAGGCUAUUUCAUUUAGGAAUUCAUCCAAAUACUGCACAACUUUUGAAUAAAACAAAUGAUUUGGAUGAAUAUUUAUCGAAUAAUUUAAUUUCAAACAUAGUAAACACAAUAAAACCUGGCAAGUUUUCCUUACUUGAGAAUGUAACGGCAACUAUUGAGCCUAGAAAUAAAAAUGAGCUGGUUUCAGGAAACUAUGUUUAUAGAAAAUAUGUUAUCACAGUAAGGUUGUCAAAUGGAACUUUCUGUGUAGAGAAUAAUCAACAAAGGAGUAUUAAGUUGGUAUUUGAAUGUCCGGAAAAUUUUGAGAGCAUGUCAGAUUACUUUAAAAUAGUUAACGUUAUUGAGUACUCAACAUGCAGCUAUGAGAUGCUAAUCCUUUCCCCCGUAAUUUGUUCACAUCCCAUGCUUAUGCCUCCUCCAAUUUACCAACAUAGAAAAAUCAAAUGUUUGCCUAAGAACCUAAUCUUAGACAAAUUUAUAAAGGAUAAAUCUACGUUAGAAGAUUCACACAGAUCUCAACAAACUGAAAAAGAAAAUGAAGUGGUUAGUAUUACCCGAAUUAACAACCAAUUUGAAGCAAUUAAGACUGAAUAUAUUACUUCAUUAAAAAAGGGGGAUACUAUCCAAACCUUCUUUACUAUGGGCAAUUCUCCUAGGAUUAGAAACUCAAACACAGCGAACCCAAAGUUCUUAGUUGGCCAAAUUGUGCAACAUUUAUGGUGGAACUACUAUGGUGUGAUAAUUGGGUGGGAUUGGAAACUAAAUGCUCCCAAACAAUGGGAAGACUAUAUUUAUCAAAAAUAUCCACCAAAAUCAAAAGAGAAGCCUCACUAUCUGUUGCUUAUUCACCAGAAUGAGACCCUUUUCAACAACACAUCACCAAUUAAUUCUAUCCCAUCAAAUUUCACGCACUCGUAUAUUCCAGAAAUUGCUCUAACACAUGUUUCUAACUCAAGUUCUAGACACAAAUUUUCUAGUAAAAGCAUUAUCAACAACGUAUACAUAAGUGCAUACUUCUCUCAUUGGUCGGAGGCCCACCAAAGAUUUAUACCUAACUCUAAUAGUACUUUGUGGAAAAUUUACCCAACAGAUUUUGGUGAGCUAAAUAAAAGGGACGAACUAUAA